UUUCCUGCAGUGAAAUGGAGUUCGUUUGUUGCAAUAAUAAUUCUGCUCAAAGUCUCCAAAGUUUUCACACGAAUGCUCUAAACUUCAUAACACUGUACAAAACAGUUGUUGACGCCUAUGUUUCUAAUUUUUUUGUUGAAGAUCAUUGGAAGAAACUACCAAAUUCCUGGAAAGAUGUGCUAUGUUGUAUGGAUACAGAUGAAUUGUCAGAUCUUUUAUCGGUUACUUCUAAGCAUUGCAGAAGAGUAUUACCUCUCAGCCUUCUUUGCUUCAAAUCCUGUACACAAACAUACUCUUUAGGCCGCUAUCCUGUGGAUCUUGACAGUGACAAAAUAAAGCAAAAAUUUAAAGAUAAUGGUAGCGCUGGAUGUGAUGUCAUGGAAUCAAAUCAGAAUAUACCAGUUCCAGUUCAGUUGGAGGUCUCAGAUUCUAUGAAGUCCAAACACAGUGUUAAGGAUGGACAGUAUCUUCCAUUGAAUCAAUUUUUCCGUAAACAUGUAAAACCAAAAAAACAACACGAAAUUCUUCAGCUGGGAAAGCUGAUCUCUCUUCUAAGUCAAGCAUCUGGUAGUAAACAUGUUGUAGAUGUUGGAGCAGGUCAAGGUCACCUUUCACGAAUUUUAACCUUUGGUCACAGUCUGAAGGUCACUACAGUGGAAGCAUCAGGAUGUCAUGCUCCUAAGGCUGAAAAGUUUGACAAGGAUAUGUCUUAUACUAUUAGGUCUCAUUUAAAGAGAAAGUUGAAAGAAAGCAAGAUGAUAGACACUACUGAUGAAACAUGUGCUGUUGACAGCAUUCCUCUUCCUAAUCAUGUGACUUGCAUGAUCCAACCAAAUACCACACCUGGUGAUUUCCUUCAAGUCAUCAACUCUGAGGCUAGUAUUUCAAAUGAAGAUAAUCUAUGUCAGUGCCCAAACCAUGGGCCAGAUGAUUCUCUUUUUAGAUUGCAGACAUGUAUAAAAUGUUUCAAGAAGAGAGAGAUUUCUCAUGAAGACAAGAGGUUGCUAUUGACAGGGUUGCAUGCCUGUGGAGACCUAACUCCUACUAUCUUAAGAGUAUUUGCCAGAUGUGAUGAUAUUCGUGGAGUGGCUUCUGUUGGUUGUUGUUAUAUGAAAAUGUCCACAAAAGAAAAUACCAGUGAAGAUGUUGGCUAUCCUAUAAGUAAAUUUGUAUCAGAAUUACCUGAUCAUCAGCUGACCUAUGAAGCAAGAGAAAUGGCUUGUCAUUCUAUAGAUGUCUACAGACAGAGAUUGUUAGAUAACCCACCAAAUUUGAAGUUACACUGUUACAGAGCUUUGCUUCAGGAAAUAAUUCUACAUAAAAAACCUGAUUUUGUGUUUGGUGCCACUAAGCUUACCAUAAAGAAAGCAGAACAAAUGGAUUUUGAAAGAUAUGCAAAAAUUGCAUUAGCUAAGCUGGGAUUAGAUUGUGAAAUUGAUUCAGACAUAUUGAAGACACUACUUUGUAAAUUAUCAAACUGGAAAGAUGUGGUAGCUUUUUAUACAAUUAGAUUGGCACUAGCACCUGUGGUAGAAACUGUUAUUCUGUUGGACAGGAUGUUUUAUCUUAAAGAACAAGGUAUAUCUAGUUAUUUGAUUCCAGUAUUUGAUCCAAGUCUUUCACCAAGGAAUUUUGCAUUAGUAGCUUACAAGUGAUAUAUACAAUUUAUAAGAGAAAAGUAAAAUAUGAUAAUGUCCUUCUAACCAAAAAGAAGGGAUUCUUUUGUUGAUAUUUAUAAUAAAAGAUAUGAUUUAAGGAACAUGGA